UCACUGACCGCAGACUGACUCCUCUCCACUGACCCGAAGUCUGCCCGGGUGGUUCUGUGAGCAGUUCUGCUGGAGUUCGGAUGAAGCUGAGCGCUCAGAGGUUCUCACUCUCUGCAGUUCAGUUGUAAGAAUGCCUCGCCUGAAGAACCACCAGAAAGCGGAAUCACUCGCUAAACUGAGCGAUAAAAAGGCUCAGAAGAGCGGUGUUCAUUGCACUGUGUACUCAGUGAACGGAGAUCAGUAUACAGGGGACUGGCUGGACAACAAGAAGCAUGGUAAAGGAACUCAGGUGUGGAAGAGAGCGGAGGUCAUGUAUGAUGGAGACUGGAAAUUUGGGAAGCGUGAUGGUUUCGGCACCCUGAGCAGAUGUCUGCCUCUCUCUAGUGACUAUGUGAGGGUGUACUCAGGAGAGUGGAGGAAUGACAAGAAGGAGGGUUUUGGGACGCAGUUCUACAGUGCCAGCUCUUGGUAUGAGGGUCAGUGGGUGGGGCACCAGCGGAGUGGCUCGGGCAGAAUGUACUACCCUAACGGAGACAUUUACGAAGGAGAGUGGCUGAAGGACAAACCGCACGGACAGGGCAUCCUGACGCUCGCAAACAAGAACAAGUAUGAGGGUAGCUGGAAGGACGGAAAGAAAAACGGACAUGGACGCUUCUUCUACCUGGACAGAGGGCAGCUGUACGAGGGAUUCUGGGUUGAUGACGUUGCAAAGUGCGGGACGGUGUGUGAUUAUGGAAGAGAUCAAGCAGCAACACCAACUACUUAUCCCCUCCCCCAGGUAGCCUUACCUGUAUCUAUAACAUCAAUCCAGUGUAAACUGCAUUCAGUCUAUAACAGUUUAGCCCCACCCAUUCAGCAUACAGCAGUUUGGCCUCACCCAUUGAGCCUUCAGUAGUUUAGCCCCACUCAUUAAGCCUACAGCAGUUUAGCCCCACUCAUCCAGCCUACAGCAGGUUAAUGACAGUUUAGCCGAGUAGACUUGCGGCCCAACAGCAACAUUUGUGUUUUAUCAGAGUUUCGGAGGAAGGAAGGAGGAGAGGAGGAAGUUCCUGCUAAUCUAGGCUUUCAUAUCUUUAAAACAAUCUUUCAUUAUGUGUUGCUGUGCCUGAUUAUGGCUGAGCUGAAACAAGCAUUAUCAGCAUAACAGCAAAAUACAACAUCAUGUUUAUGGAUUAUGUGAUCAAAAGACUGUAAGUGAAUACAGACAGUACAUACUUUCUGUAAAAAUGCACUAAUAGCCCUAAAACAGAGCCUUGAGGGACACCGUGUUACACUUUUCUAUGUUCGGAAAACACCAUUUAUACGCUUAUACACUGGUGUGUGAAUCUGUUUUAGCCUGCUCGCUAACCUAACACUAACUACUAGUGCUAAUGAAGACAGUGGAGCGAGAGUAAUUUAGCUAACAGCUUAACACACCAGGUUCUCACCCUCAGAUCCAAGUCUUCAUCCCCUAAACUAGUGUCAGUGGAGCUUCAGUGAGUGAAUCGAACCUAUGCUGUGGUGUUCAAAGCUGUAGCAUGCUAAGCUAAUGCUACCUGCUACUAGAACAACACAUUUGAUUUUAAUUACUAACGUCAUUUAUCUGUUUAACCUUCGUAAUCCUCUCACUAGCAUAUUUUAGUAUAUUUGACUGUGAUAAGUUGAAGUUUAUUUGUAAUGUAUAAAGCUAAGCUGCUACAUAGAACCCCACGUUCUUUUGUAUUGAGAAAGUCUGUGUCUUCAAUGGAAAAAUGUACUCUGCACUAUGGUAACACAUUUCACACAAUUACCAGUCUGUAUAGUCAUAAUAAGCCAAACAAGAGGAGUUAACCAUUUAAAAUAUUUUAAGUGCAGGAGGUUUUUAAAGGUGCUUCUGUUUGCAAAGGAAGAGGAACAUUGCAGGAUAAUAAUGAGCAGGUUACAUGAGUAAUCCAGGCUCCUGUGUUGUGUCCUCAGGUGCAGCUGAAGGAGUUUGUUCUUGUUUGCUCAGCACUGGCUGACUGCUGUUGGGACUCAGAGUGCUACAGCCUCUGCCCCAAAUCUGGACAUGUGUAACAUUACAACUAAUUAAAUUUAAGUUAAGUUUUUAGUUCUAAAUUUAUUCUGCUCUCUUAUGCAAAAAAGUGUAAUAAAAUCAAAUGGUUUAAAAAGCGUUCUUGCAAAAAGAAAAAGAAAAACCAAACUUCAGUUGAUGAGUUCUUUUUCAAAGGAAGGAAAAGGCCUUUCUUCAUUUAUUGAGCUUCAAGUGACAAGAUGUUUCCCGGACAACCAAAAUGCAAAGAUUAUUAGAAGGCAUCCUUCUUUAUACCCUGCUUGGUGUGAGUUUAUCACCCCUCCCUGGGGUGAAUUUAUCACCCCUCCCUUUUUUAUAUGACUUUGAAUCACCUUUUGGUUACCAUUACGCCUUGUUUUCCUGAAUCUUUUGGAAACCCUUAUUUCCCAUCAAUCUUAAAAUAUUUUUUUAUAUAAUUCUAUUAUAUAUUAUUAUUAGGUCACUCUGACCUCUAGUUGGGUACUUUCCUCGUUAAUUUGACUUAUGGGCUAGUUUCUGCCUGUUCUUAUCUAGUCUUCUUAUUAACGGCUAGCUUAUUUUUGCUGAGCAGGCAGUGCUUCUCAGGCCUUUAGGCCAGGUGUUUUCUACAAUCAAAAGUCCCUUUUAAGUUAGGCACUGCCUGUGCCUGGAUCGGAAGUUCACUCUGCCCCAUGCAUCGCAAACGUUAGGCCUGUUUUCUGCUAAAUAGUCUGCCUCAGCUAUAUGACUAUACCUUUAUUUUAAUAAUUUCUAAGUGAGUGAUUGUUACAAAACUUUUAUUAAAUUGUGAUUCAAGGACAUAUUUUAUCAGAAAUCCUGACACUGCUCUCAUAUCAAAGAGGAUGAACAGUAAAACCAUUCAGACCAGAUUGCUUCAUCCUUCCUUUUUAAGCACACUCCAAAACACAAAACACUAACACUCAACCACAGAAAACACACGUAAACCCUGAGAGUAAAACCACAGCUCCAGAAGGAAGGAGGAGAACUCUGAUCUACAGGCGACACACUGUGAACACUUUAACAUAAGCAUAAGCACCGAAUAUCAUAUUUAAAAAGCAACACUGGUCAGCCAGGCCCAGAUCAUCCAGGGAGUUUUAUGGGUGCAUGUCCAGGAGCCUAAGCCACCAGGGUGCCCUGCAAGCACUUAUGAUAAAAUCUAAAUAGAUGUUUUGAUUUGCAGUGAUAAUUGUAUGAGAAAUUAAUGUUAACACCAUGUUAACACCAUGUCCUGACAGCAAGUGACACAAGCGAGAACACAAAGCCAAAACACAUUAUAAUCGGUGAAGCUGUCUAGACCAGCAGUGAGAGGCAGAGUGUCACGCUCCUGCUGUUUCCGCUUCAGAUACAGCAGUGAUCUGUAUAAUUAGAUGUAAGAUAUAAUUGGGAAACAACAAACAUUUCCACGCUUGCUGUGGCAGUAUACUUUAACUGUAUGUACUCAUAAUGGUUAGUGUGCAAACACUGCGGUCAGUAUGCUGCCAUUAUGAUGCUGCAUAGUACUUCUUCAUCUUGCUGUGACAUUAUAACAAAAUCACUGACCACCCAAAAAAAGGUAGCCAGGUAGCGGCCCAACCAACAUUUGUGCCCAGGGGCCAAAAACGAUCCAGGCCCAAGGCAGCUUAUAUGUGUAUUAUGAUGUAAAUGAUAUUGUA